AUGCUUCGCCGUGUUCCAGGCAACUCGACAACCUAUUACAGCUCAGACUCACUAUUGCUAUCGACAGAAACAGCGGAUUCGUUCGACGAAAGCUAUCCAACUGAGUUUCUCAACACUCUUACAUUCAACAGAGUGCCAGACCAUGAGCUCACAAUAAAGGUAAACACACCAGUUAUGCUCCUACGCAACUUGAAUCCUGGACUUGGUUUAUGCAACGGCACAAGAAUCAUGAUCACAUCAUUGGGAGACAAUUAUAUAAAAGGCAACAUUAUGGGCGGUUCUCAUGACACUGAUGAGGUCAUUAUACCAAGAAUAGUGUUGAAUGUGGAGAACUCCAAGUGGCCCUUUAUACUCAAAAGGAGGCAAUUCCCAGUACGAUUAUGCUAUGCAAUGACUAUAAACAAAAGUCAAGGACAAACGCUUGAAAAAGUUGGGAUAUAUUUGUCUGAACCAGUAUUUAGCCAUGGCCAACUCUAUGUGGGAGUUUCAAGAGUAAAAUCAGCGAGAAGUUUGAGGAUUCUUAUAGAAAACCCAACAGAUAUCCCCCAUGACUUUACAAGAAACAUAGUCUUCACUGAAGCAUUUGCUAAUAUUGUGCAUACCUAA